GCAAGACCGUCUUUGAACCCCAGGGCCAAAGAAGAUGUGUUCUUCACUUUCUCACCAGGCGCACACGCAACAGGGCUUGGCCGGCCGCGCGUUUCCGCUUGCUGGCGCACAAAUGCUAGGCGCGCCAUCAGUGGAGCUGCUGCUAAAGGCGCUGCAACGCGGGCGCUCGCGAGCUCCGGACUCCGCUCUCACAUCGUUUCAGCUAAGGGCCGUAAGCUCGGCUGGCGGGCGCACGAUUAGGCCGGUGUCGGACCGGCCACCGUGCUUCGACCUGCGCUCCAAGACGGCGUCUGGAGCCAGUAGCGAGGACGAGUGGGGAGACUUCGUGUCAGCGGCCGACGGGGAUUCCUGGGGCGACUUUGUGUCCGCGGCUUCUGGCCCCAACAGUGACACACCGCGGUCCGCAAGCCCCACCGGCAGCCGGUCCUCGGAAGCGGCGACCUCCGCCGGCAGCGAUACCCCCGUGGACUCCCGCCGUUGCAGCAGCGAUAGCAUGAGCCGCUCGUACAGCGGCUGCCAGACGCCUUCAACAUCCAGUGGCAUCUCGAUGUCGUCAUCACCAGCAGGCGGCGGCGGUGUCAACAGCGGCAGCGGUGGCUGGGCUGGGGGCCUUCGCACCAUGAUGGCGAGUUUCAAGGCCAAGCAGCGCGCGGCAGAGCAGGCUGAGGAGGCGCGUAUUGCCAAGGAGGAGGCGGAGGCCGCGGCAGCCCGGGCGCACGAGGAGGCCGUGGCCGCGCUGGUGCGCAACGGCGCCACCCGGCCGCAGGCGGAGUCGCUGAUACGGCGGCGGCGCAGCGAGGCACAGCGCCUGGGGAACGGGUCCCUGAAGCGGCUGCCCCGACAGGCACAGGAGAUUGAGGGCGAGAAGGUGCAGGAGGGGGCAUGUGCUGCGGCGCUGCGGCGCGAGCUGGCUGUGGUGGCGCACCAGGCGAGCCUGUUCGGAGGGUUCCGGUGAUGUGGCCACCAGUGCUCAUCACUUGCCAUGCGCUGUCACACAUGCAACGGUGCAACGCGACAUGUAAAGUUUUACCUGGGGGAGGAUGUGCAACUGCGGGAGAAGUUCACAAAGUUUCCAGGGCACACUUGCUUCGGAAUGGCUGUAAUAAGCUAUGCAA